AAGCGCUAUGUCCGGAAGGGGGUCCCGCUGGAGCACCGUGCCCGCGUCUGGAUGGCGCUGAGUGGGGCCCAGGCUCAGAUGGACCAGAAUCCCGGCUACUAUCACCGGCUUCUCCAGGGAGAGAGAAACCCCAGGCUGGAGGACGCCAUCAGGACAGACCUGAACCGGACCUUCCCCGACAAUGUGAAGUUUCGGAAGACCACGGAGCCCUGCCUGCAGAAGACCCUGUACAAUGUGCUGCUGGCAUACGGGCACCAUAACCAGGGAGUGGGCUACUGCCAGGGAAUGAAUUUUAUAGCGGGAUAUCUGAUUCUUAUAACGAAUAAUGAAGAAGAAUCUUUUUGGCUGUUAGAUGCUCUUGUUGGAAGGAUACUACCUGAUUACUACAGCCCGGCCAUGCUGGGCCUGAAGACCGACCAGGAGGUCCUCGGGGAGCUGGUGCGGGCGAAGCUGCCAGCCGUGGGGGCCCUGAUGGAGCGGCUGGGCGUGCUGUGGACGCUGGUGGUGUCCCGCUGGUUCAUCUGCCUGUUUGUCGACGUCCUGCCCGUGGAGACAGUGCUUCGGAUCUGGGACUGUUUGUUUAACGAGGGCUCGAAGAUUAUCUUCCGGGUGGCCCUGACCUUAAUUAAGCAGCACCAGGAGUUUAUUUUGGAAGCCACCAGCAUUCCAGACAUUUGCGAUAAGUUUAAGCAGAUAACCAAAGGCAGUUUCGUGAUGGAGUGUCACACGUUUAUGCAGGUGAGUGUCUGUAGGGCUGCACGUGGCUCCGUCCCCUCCCAGGGGGCCCCACCUCACCUGCAGCCCGGGGGCUCCUCUGACCACCCGGAGGGUGCACAGGACGGGCACCAGUGAGCACAGGGCACAGGACGAGCCUCCAGCUCUGUCCUGCGUCUGCCCCCUGUGCCUGGCCUCCGAGGGCUUUCCUGUCUACGGCAGCCCUGUCUUCUCGGCCCUGGCACUGUGGAUGCUGGUCCUGGUCCUAAUGGCUGUACUCAUCUGUUGUGUGUGGUGCUAGAAGUGUGGCUUCCCGAGGCCCGGCCUCUCCACUGGGUCCUGGGCCUGGCACAGGAUGUAUAGACUCAGGCCCUGAUGAGGGGGUCGUGGGAACUGCACCCGACAGGCCUUCUGAGGAGACCGAGACGCUAGGAGAGGCUCAGGCCCGGGAUGCAGAGUCAGUAGCGUCCUGAGAGGGAGGGAGUGGAGGCUCGGGGCCACUCUGGGUGCAGCAGGGCAAACGUGGCGGUGUUUCAGCAGCCGGGGCUUCAUCGAAGAGAAGACCAUGUUGGCUGGGCACAGUGGCUCAUGCCUGUUAUCCUAGCACUUUGGGAGGCCAAGGUGUGUGGAUCACCUGAGGUCAGGAGUUCAAGCCAACACAAUGAAACCCCGUCUCUACUAAAAAAUACAAAAAUUAGCCAUGUGUGGUGGCUCACGCCUGUGUAGUCCCAGUGACUCGGGAGGCUGAGGCAUGAGAAUCACUUGAACCUGGGAGGUGGAGGUUGCAGUGAGCUGAGAUUGCGCCACUGCACUCCAGCCUCGGCAACAGAGUAAGACUC